UCGUCGCGUCUCUGCGCAGCUCCUUUGCUCCUCCUCCUCUGCUCCGCCAUCACCACUUUGCUCUUCUUCUCCUGUUCCCUGUUUGCUCUUACAUCUUAGUAUUUGACUACUACUCCCAUGGAUCCUCCUUCGCCAACCCCCUCCUCCUCCUCCCCUUCCUCAGCCGCCGCGCCCCCGACCCCUCCUGACGCGCUCCCGGCCUCCUACCCAAUGCAGUCCUCCGUCUCCAACUCGUCCUCGACCUCGCCCGCCACCCUCCUCUCCGCUACUCCUUCUUCAAAGUCUGUCGCUGAUGUCCAGGCAAACGGCAACGGCACCUCCAUCAUCCGCCGCAAGAUCACAUCCCUCGUCGGGUUCUCGAACCUGCCUGCCCAGCACCACCGUCGCUCGGUCCGCAAGGGCUUUGACUUUAAUGUUAUGGUUGUUGGCGAGUCUGGUCUCGGAAAGUCCACCCUAGUCUCGACCCUGUUCAACAUGCCCCUCGCGCCUCCACGCGCAGCCCCCUACUCCUCCGCGUCAGCACCCAAGACCGUGUCCAUUCAAUCCAUCUCCUCCGAAAUUGAAGAGAAAGGCGUAAAGCUGCGUCUGACUGUGGUCGACACCCCGGGGUUCGGUGAUCUCAUCAACAACGACGACGCCUGGCGCCCUAUCGUGAGCAACGUCGAGCAGCGCUUUGACUCCUUCCUCGAAGGCGAAAACACCUACAAUCGCUCCAAGGUCACUGACUCGCGGAUCCAUGCUUGCAUCUACUUUAUUGCUCCUACUGGCCACUCGCUCAAGGCUCUUGAUGUUGAAGUCAUGAAGAAGCUGCAUCACAGAGUCAACCUGAUCCCUGUCAUUGCAAAGUCAGACAUCAUGUCUGACGAGGAGAUCACUGCUUUCAAAGCUAGAAUACGCGCGGACUUGGAACACCACAAGAUCAAUAUCUUUGAGACUCCUCGCUACGAACUUGACUCUGACAAAUCGAUGGAGGAAAAGACGUCGAUCAUGUCAAAAAUACCCUUUGCGAUUGUUGGCGCGAGCUCAGAGAUCACGACGCCUGACGGCCGUAUAGUGCGCGGACGCAAAUACCCAUGGGGCAUUGUCGAGGUCGAUAAUGAGGAUCAUUGUGAUUUCGUCAAGCUACGUGCUAUGCUCGUUCAAAACUUCAUGGAGGAGCUCAAGGAGUACACCGACGAGGUUUUGUACGAGAACUACCGCGCUCAGAAGCUUAUUGCGAUGGGUGUUUCGCAAGACCAGUCGGUGUUCAAGGAGAUCAGCCCGUCUUCGAAGAUGGAAGAAGAGCGCGCGCUACAGAACGCGCGACUACAGAAGAUGGAGGCUGAGAUGAAGAUGGUUUUCCAGCAAAAGGUGGCCGAGAAGGAGCAGAAGCUGAAACGCUCGGAAGACGAGCUCUUUGCGCGUCAUCGCGAGAUGAAGCAGCAGCUCGAGAAAGAGCGCCGCGAGCUUGAGUCUAAGCUUGCCCAGGCCGAGCUCGAGCGGCACGCGAUGCCGGAGGAGAAGAACACGAAAAAGAAGUUCUCGUUGAGAUCUUAAACGCCGCUGCUUCUCGUGCUGCAUGAGCAGCUCUAUAUCAAUAAGUGGACCCCCCACCAAAAAAGAAGGAGAAAAGCGAAAAAAAACAAAGCUCAGCGCGAUGAUCUUUUUUUAUUGUGUUUAUAAUGCCUCUGUUUUUCUCACCGCUGCUGGGUCUUGAAGGCUGGAUAGACGUUUGUAGGACUACCUGUUUUUGUAUUUUUUUUCUCUUGCUGCUUCUUUGCUAUGAUCAAGGUU